AUGGCAUCCGUUAAUACAGAGACAAAUAAGUCGGUGAUGGCUACUGCAAACAAUCAAUUGUCUACGUAUCAUUACAACGAGUCCGGAGACAAUCACACGACCGAGAUGGACGAUGGAAUUUAUUUUUACGAGGAUAUUGAAAAGCUUAAGACGUCAUGGGUAAACGAGCCCCAUGUAUUGCCACAGACCAUUAUAUACGGCAUCGUGUUUCUGUUGGGCUUGGUAGGAAAUUGCAUUGUGAUAUUUGCGGCGCUCGGACGUAGGUCCAAUCGAAAUGUGACCUUGAUGUUCAUGGUAAGCCUAGCUGUGGCUGACAUUCUGUUCCUGCUCGUGGUUAUCCCACACGAGUUGCUCCGGAUGGUUCUUGGUGAAUGGCCAGGUGGCCGAGCGUUCUGUAAAGUGUCUGGUUUCAUUGAGAUGCUAACGGCUGUUGCCUCGAUUCUCAAUUUGACAGCCGUCAGUUUUGAAAGAUACUUUGUGAUAGUGAAUCCUAUUCAAAGCCGACAUAAAUGUACCGUCGGAAACACACGGAAACUUCUAGUUUUCGUUUGGAUCAUGUCAGCAUGCCUGGCGGCGCCGUCAUUGUUCGUGGAGGAUACACAAAGCACCACUUACUACAAUAACGUGACGUCUUUCACCAUGAUGUUAUGUGCUGAUCAUGGUCUCCAAGACAACAUGCGGAUCUACUACGCGGUCUACCAGAUUCUAAUCAUGUUCUGUAUACCCACCAUCCUUAUGAUGUUUUGCUACACUGUCGUCAUAUACGUCCUAUGGAUCAGUGGCCGCACGCUUGUUAAGAUGACAUCCACGAAUCCAGCCAAUGUUUUAAAUCACUCGUACCUUGGCGUGAACAGACAUGACUCAAAUGUCUCCAGCAGCUCCUUGUCGAUCGGUACGCCCAUCCAAAGUCGGAGCCAGAGAUUUUUGAAAGACAGGACAGCAGGCGUGAACAACACCGUGAUAGAUGCAAUCAUGAAAGGACGCAAACAGGUCAUAAAAAUGCUGAUAAUUGUGGUUGUUGUGUUUCUGAUCUGCUGGGGGCCAAAAUUGAUAUUUCGCAUUCUGAAAUAUUCGGAAUUCAGGAUAGCGAUAACUUGCCUGCCUUAUAUACAGUCCUGCAUGAACCCGCUGAUCUACUGUUUUAUGUCAAACACUUUCGUAAAAGUGUUUUACAACUGUGUUCAACAAACAGCCAAAUGCUCCUGCUUUGAACGACCCAAUUCAGAAGAGGAUCUUGAGAUGUUUACUAGAUACAGUAAUGCAUAA